CGUGGUUCUUUCUUGCGCGUAAGAGUACAGCAGUUUGAAGCGCCGCGUGCCUUUCCGGAGAUUUAAUUUCUAUAACUUCUAAUUUACAACAUCGGUACAGUCAAUUAUGGGUAAACCAGGAUUUAGUCCACGCGGUGGUGGUGGCGGCGGUUUCGGUGGUCGCGGCAGUGGAGGAGGUGGUGGUGGCGAUCGAGGCGGUCGAGGAGGUGGCUUUGGUCGUAGUGGUGGCGGUGGUGGUGGCGGCGGCGGUAGAGGAGGUGGAGGAUUUGGUGGACGUGGCGGCGGCGGACGUGGUGGUGGACGUGGAGGAGGAGAUGGGGGUGGCCGACCCAGUUUUGGUCGUGGAGGUGGCGGCGGACGUGGCGGUGGUGGCCGUGGAGGAGGACGCGGCGGCGGUGGACGUGGUGGCGGCCGAGGCGGUGGCGCUGGCGGAUUUAAAGGCGGCAAAACUGUCACAAUUGAGCCACAUCGUCACGAGGGUGUUUUUAUUGCCCGCGGCAAGGAGGAUGCACUUGUUACACGCAACUUUGUGCCUGGCUCCGAAGUGUAUGGCGAGAAACGUAUUUCCGUUGAGACUGGCGGCGAGAAGAUUGAGUACCGUGUGUGGAAUCCGUUCCGUUCCAAGUUGGCUGCUGCCAUUCUAGGCGGUGUGGAGAAAAUUCACAUCGCGCCUGGCUCCAAGGUGUUAUAUUUGGGUGGCGCUUCCGGAACUACCGUGUCGCAUGUAUCCGAUGUUGUUGGACCCGAAGGUCUGGUCUAUGCCGUUGAAUUCUCUCACCGCUCAGGUCGCGAUCUGAUCAAUGUGGCAAAGAAGCGUACGAACAUCAUACCGAUCAUUGAAGAUGCACGUCAUCCACACAAGUACCGCAUGCUAGUUGGUAUGGUGGACACGAUUUUUGCAGAUGUGGCCCAACCCGACCAGGGACGUAUUGUUGCCCUGAAUGCGCAGCAUUUCCUUAAAAAUAACGGACAUUUUGUCAUAUCGAUUAAAGCGUCGUGCAUUGAUUCGACGGCGCAACCUGAAGCAGUAUUCGCUGCGGAAGUCAAGAAGAUGCAGGCUGACAAGCUGAAACCACAGGAACAACUGACGCUGGAACCCUAUGAACGUGAUCAUGCUGUUGUUGUGGGCGUAUAUCGUCCACCACCGAAGCAGUGAAUCGCAAUUUUUGGGGCGUUGUUAGUUUUAAGACUACCUUCAUUUAUCCAAGCGUUUUGUAUUAAGUUUCUUUUAUAAAUAUAGAUAAACCAUAGUUUUACAAUUAAA